GUCAAACGAUUUGCGGCCAUCCAUUUUCUUUCUCGUUUUCAUCCCGUGUGUGUUAGAACUUAGAAAUAAUAUCGCCGACUAGUUUUAUCAUACGAUCACGUUAAAACAUCUACAAAAUGGCUAAUCUAUCAUUGCGUUUGGCCACCAAAAUCGGGAAACAAUUGAACAACACUUUACCACAGAUAAGCAAGGCUUCCUGGACUACAUCAAAACUCAUCAGCCGAUCAAUCCACGUAACAUGUAGCGCAAGAGCUGCAGAAAUUUCCUCCAUUUUGGAAGAAAGAAUUUUGGGAGCUCCACCCAAGGCUGAUUUAGAAGAAACUGGUCGUGUGUUAAGUAUUGGUGACGGUAUUGCCCGUGUCUAUGGUUUGAAGAAUGUACAAGCAGAAGAGAUGGUGGAAUUUUCUUCUGGGUUAAAGGGUAUGGCUCUUAACUUGGAACCCGACAACGUAGGAGUGGUAGUUUUUGGUAACGACAAGCUGAUCAAAGAAGGUGAUGUCGUUAAACGUACUGGAGCUAUUGUAGAUGUACCUGUUGGUGAAGACCUUUUAGGACGUGUAGUUGAUGCUUUGGGUAACACCAUUGAUGGUAAAGGACCAUUGACCUCCAAGACUAGGUACCGUGUGGGUAUCAAAGCCCCUGGAAUUAUUCCCCGUGUAUCUGUACGCGAACCUAUGCAAACGGGUAUUAAGGCUGUCGACUCACUGGUACCAAUCGGUCGUGGUCAGCGUGAAUUGAUCAUUGGAGACAGGCAGACUGGUAAAACCGCUUUGGCUAUUGACACCAUCAUUAACCAAAAGAGAUUUAAUGAUGCCCAAGAUGAGAAGAAGAAGUUAUACUGUAUCUAUGUUGCUAUCGGUCAAAAGAGAUCAACAGUCGCCCAGAUUUUAAAGAGGCUGACAGAUACUGGUGCUAUUAACUACACCAUCAUUGUAUCGGCCACUGCUUCUGAUGCUGCUCCCCUUCAAUACCUUGCCCCAUACUCUGGAUGUGCCAUGGGAGAGUUCUUUAGAGAUAAUGGCAAACACGCCCUUAUCAUCUAUGACGAUUUGUCCAAACAAGCCGUUGCCUACCGUCAAAUGUCCCUGUUGCUGAGACGUCCGCCUGGUCGUGAAGCCUACCCCGGUGAUGUAUUCUACCUCCACUCUCGUUUGUUGGAACGUGCUGCUAAAAUGAGUGAAACAUUAGGAGGAGGUUCUUUGACUGCUCUGCCCGUUAUCGAAACCCAAGCUGGUGAUGUGUCUGCCUACAUUCCCACUAACGUAAUUUCCAUUACUGAUGGACAAAUUUUCUUGGAAACUGAGUUGUUCUACAAGGGUGUCCGUCCAGCUAUCAAUGUUGGUUUGUCUGUAUCUCGUGUAGGAUCUGCUGCCCAAACCAAAGCCAUGAAACAAGUGGCUGGUUCAAUGAAACUUGAGUUGGCUCAAUACCGUGAAGUUGCUGCCUUCGCCCAAUUUGGUUCUGAUUUAGAUGCUGCUACUCAACAACUAUUAAACCGUGGUGUUCGUCUUACUGAAUUGUUGAAACAAGGACAAUAUGUGCCGAUGGCUAUUGAAGAACAAGUAGCCGUAAUCUACUGUGGUGUCCGCGGGUUCCUUGACAAAAUGGACCCAUCCAAAAUCACUUCAUUUGAAAAACAAUUCUUGCAACACAUCAAGGCGUCAGAAAAACCCCUUUUGGAGAGCAUUGCAAAAGAAGGAAAAAUCACCGAUGAUACAGAUGCUAAACUGAAAACUGUUGUUAACAACUUCUUAGCCUCAUUCAAUGCUUAAGUAUUUAUAUAUUUGUUCCCUGUCGAACAGAGUUAGUCCUCAGAAUUUUCCAGCUCUUUUUAUAAAAGGGUUAUUGUUAUGCCUAUUGUUCAGUCAUAGCCCCAUAGCCAUUAAAUUUGUAUAAUUACAUGUACCUAUUUUUCAAUAUAAGUUAUAAAUAAUGAACUGGGAUUUCCAAAAAUAUUUUAAA